GCAAAAAAUUCACCUUUCCGCGGAUUUUUAAUAAUUUCGACACAAAUUAAAAAUAAAUUUAUUCCUUAUUGUUUUUCUACAGAAAUUUUACUUCAUUGGCAGUACAGAAAUUAUCAGAUUUUUUUAUAUCAAAAAUCUUUCACUUUGUUUCAUAAAUUUUAUUUAAUUUAAAAAUUGCAACUGCCAAGAACGUCAAAUGAAGUUUUUUUGUGAAGGCCAUUGAAUGGCCAACAGGGAAUCUCGAAGCAUGGAUUUUUAAUUAAUUUAUUCAUCACAUUCCAUCAUGUGUGCGUAAAAUAUCGUGAUAACUGCUCUCUUAAUUAACGAAGAAUCAUUUUGUGUUCAGAGGACAAAUAAUGUCUGACCCAAAGACUAAUCGAGUGGCAAGGUGGUACUUCGGUGGCCUGGCUAGUGCCGGAGCCGCCUGUGUCACCCAUCCGUUGGAUCUGCUCAAAGUCACUCUGCAGACCCAGCAAGAGGGAAAAUUGUCGAUUGUCCGGCUGACUGGGAAAGUCGUCCGGGAGCAGGGAGUACUGGCUCUCUACAAUGGUAUCUCAGCAUCUCUACUCCGGCAACUGACCUAUUCUACCACGCGCUUUGGCAUCUACGAAGUCGGGAAGCAAUCCAUUGGCAAUGAUUCAAGUUUUCUGGCCAAGAUCACUCUGGCAGGAACAGCUGGAGCUACCGGAGGACUCGUGGGCACUCCAGCUGACAUGGUCAAUGUCAGGAUGCAAAACGAUGUAAAGUUGCCAAUGGAACAACGUCGCAACUACAAAAAUGCCAUCGAUGGCCUCUUCCGUGUCUACCGUGAGGAAGGUUUUAGACGCCUCUUUUCGGGAGCCUCAACAGCUACCAUGAGAGGCUUCAUGAUGACAAUUGGCCAGAUUGCAUUCUACGAUCAAGUCAAGUAUCUCUUAUUAUCAACGAAUUACUUCGAGGACAAUCCAAAGACUCAUUUUGUGUCCUCUUUGACGGCUGGAGCCAUUGCCACGACGCUGACGCAGCCUCUGGAUGUCCUCAAGACACGUGCCAUGAAUUCAACUCCGGGACAAUUCAGGGGACUAUGGGACAUCUUCAAGUACACAGCCAAAUUGGGGCCUCUGGGCUUCUUCAAGGGCUACAUUCCGGCAUUUGUGCGCCUUGGACCGCACACGAUUCUCACAUUUCUUCUCUUGGAGCAGCUUAGGCUGAACUUUGGGAUGGAAAAGAAGUAGUUUUGCCACGUCCAGAGACUGGAAACUAAAACUGAUGCAUUCAAAAUAGAUUAAUGGUGCUUUUUUCGACACAUAAUCUUAAUAACAUUCCUGGAUGAAAGUGACACCCGUGUUUCAUGGAAAGAUUUUAAUUUUUACAAAUGGAUUUUGCAGAAAAGAACAAAGUUGCUAUAUUUUUUGUAAUAUAUACCGUCUAAUUUUUGCUAUGUGGAUAUUAAACCUUGUUACCGGGAUUUAUGAAAUUUUCUGUAAUAGAUUCUAAUUGUACAAAGAAAUGGACAAAUAUAGACAAAUAUUGUUGAAGGUU